AUGGAGCCAUGUAUCGUAGAUGCUAGCCCAACCCAUUCGAUCAGGGAACCGCUGCUUGACAAAUCCAAUAAGGAUGAAGAUGUAAACAAUCCCGAGAUUUCUCAUCCGAUUAAGGACGCAACAGAAGCGGAGGCGACGAUUAUAGAGCAACUAAUGGGUUCGCAGCGCAACUGCUAUGCGAUUGGGCAGUGGAUCUGGCUUUCUUUGGCAUGGUCCUACAUCAGCUUACUUCCCUACUACCCAUCCGCCCAAUUCAACGACGCUUUGAAUCUACAACGGGUCCUACUUUACCUCUUGGCAAUGGUUGGACAUGGUUUCUUUCUUGUAAUGCUGGCUCGAUUCCCAGGACAUCAAGCAUCGCGCCUCUCCCAAGUAAAUGAAGAAACGUUGCCAGCAAUCCUUUCUGGGCUUCGUGUGUUCUGUUUUGGUGACAAAAACGUCCCUGUCUGUUUUCUACUGAUCAGUGCGGUAGUAUUUCUACUCUUGGAAAUCUGUGGUGGCUCCGUGUGCCCUGCCCUCUACAGAAUCUUGGUUCAGGAGACUCCAAUCUUGCAUGACAUGGAAACAGAGCACUACAAAUGUCAUCUACAGAGCAAACCCAAACAAACGACGUGCUUGGAAGAUGGUUCGGCAUCGCAGGAGACUAGUGGUGCUUUGGGUUUUGAAAGCGACAACAAUGAAAUUAAGGAUUUGAAUAUCACGAAAGAAGCACAACAACGAAUUCAAUGGCAACGUUCUUGGUUUGCGGUUGGGCAAUGGAUCUGGCUCCUUUCAGUAUGGUUCGUCAUUGCACAGUAUCUGCUAUCCGAAACAGUUCUAGCUACUGAAGAUGUGGCUGGAGUGUCUGGUGCAAUAGCCAUGUUUGGGCACGGAAUCAGUCUUGCAGUGCACACCUGUCGUGGUGGAAAUAGUGCAUCUCUUGGUUGUAUCAAUCGAGAGAACUUGCCAAUGAUUUUGUCCGCUUGUUUCAUUGUCUCGUGGGAAGAUUACGCCAAAGCCGACGAUUUUUUGCGUAUCAUUGCGAAAUGUUGUUUACUCCUCCAGGCUUUGGGGGCUGCUAGGCGUUUUACACUUACCAUGAUAUUCAAGACGUUUGCUUCAAUGGAAAAAGAUCACUUUGAAAGUCUCAAGGAAAAGGAGGCGGACGAAGCUGUCCAGCUCCAAAUGCAAAUGGAACGCAUGUCAUAUAUGGAUUCCCUUCCUAGUCGUCGUCAUCUUGUCAAAGGGAGAAGCAAACGAGUGAUAUUGUGUUUCUACCUCCUUGUCGUCCUUGCUGCUGCAGCACAGUAUUGUGUGAAUCUAAUAGAUUUCAGGUAG